AGUUAUAUUAAUCCCAAAACCCCCACACGCAAACCACCCCCAAAAUCCCAAGGGCGCGAUCGGGACGAGAUGGGUCUAGUGCUGGGGAAGAUUACGGUGGAGACGCCCAAGUACGAGCUCAUCCACGCGUGCCCCGACUACGAGAUCCGCAAGUACGCCCCCUCCGUCGUCGCCGAGGUCACCUACUCCCCCUCCGCCCUCGGCGGCGACCGCGACGGGGGCUUCCGCAUCCUCGCCGACUACAUCGGCGCCCUCGGCGCGCCCCGCAACGCCAAGCCCGAGAAGAUCGCCAUGACCGCCCCCGUCGUCACCAAGACCUCCGCAGCAGCGGAGAAGAUCGCCAUGACGGCGCCGGUCAUCACCUCCGGCGGCGGCGGCGGCGGCGGCGAGGCGGUGACGAUGCAGUUCAUUUUACCGGCGAAGUACCGGGCGGCGGCGGAGGCGCCGCGGCCGUUGGACGAGAGGGUGGUGGUGAGGGAGGAGGCGGAGAGGAAGUACGCUGUGGCGAGGUUUAGCGGCGUAGCGACGGAGAAGGUGGUGGCGGAGAAGGUGGAGAGUUUGAAGAAGAGCUUGGAGAGGGAUGGGUAUAAGAUUACCGGGGAGUUUCUUCUCGCGAGGUAUAAUCCCCCGUGGACUCUACCGCCUCUGAGGACCAAUGAAGUUAUGAUACCGGUGGAGUGAAAUUAGUAGCGGUGUUACUUCUCUAACCGAAUUAUAUGGUUGUUGCGUUGUGAAAAAAUCGUAGAGACUUCAUGUUGUGUGUUUUCUUAGGCGUAUGUGAGUUAGCGUUUAUAGUUUUGAUGCUCCAGAUGUGAUGACGAGGGAUUUAUACUCUGUAUGGUUGUGAAAAUAAUUGGUAACGAGCAUCAUUUCAAAAUGUUUGAAAGUAAAAAAGUUCCUAUCGCUUGCGGAGUAUUAUAUUUAUCA